GUUUAACGCGCAGACGUGUCUAGAUAUACAGACGAUCAACGUGGUACACAUUGCACUUUCUGACCUUACGGAUAUAAACAACAUUCACGGAUCUACAAGGAUUUGUGUGGCUGAAACUUCAGGCAAAAGUGGUUGUUCGUAGUUGUGUGGAUUUCAUUAAUGAGAAUUUAGCUCGUUUUACGCGCAUUUUGUAUUGCUUUCAUCUGGAACAACUGACGUAUCAUUUCGUGUGUGACUCUCAUUGGAUAAUGUGUCAUUGAUGACAUCAUUUUGUCUCUUAGCGUGCCAAAGAUAAUUUUAGAGGACGUUUAUACGGAUCGUUUUACUUCAGAAUGAGAGACCUAUACCUUUCUGAACAGGCUUCGGUCGGAUAUCCUGCAAAACGCCCUCUUCAAAAAACACAAAUGUCAUCAAAGUCUGUCUCCACAAACAUGCAUCGUCGUAGCCUUCGUGGUGUGUGCACGAUGCAUCUAUUGCUCCUGGUCUUCUUCGCCUCCUUGUGCAGUAGUACUGUCGCCAGCAAGUACAACAAUUUUAAUCAGUGCGCGACUUGCGACGAGUCUCGAUGCCCGGAGCUGCAUUACUGCGAGGGUCAGCCCAUCAAAGACCACUGUGGUUGUUGUACCAUCUGCUCAUCGUCGAGGUUCCAACCGCACGUCGUUGUCGUGAAGCCGGCCGGAGGGCGUUCCCCUGUGCACGUGCCCUAGUGAGUUCGUGUGUCGGCGCAACAAAAAGAGAGAGGUUUGCGGAACGGACGGCAAGACCUACCCCUCGAGAUGCCAUAUGCGCAUCGCCUCUUGCAACCAAGGUGUAGCUGUGCGGAAGAUGUACCGAGGUCCUUGCAGUCCUGAAGACGAGGAGAAGGAAGCUGCCAAAUACAACAGGCGGCUGAAAAAGAUGAAGAGAAGGAGACGACAGAGAAAGAGGAAGGCAAACGAAUCCGCAGGGGAAAAGGGAAAAAAGAGAAGGAAGCACAGGAGGAGGAGGAGGAGAAAGAGUGGAAGCCGGAACGGUAAAGGGAAAAGCAGGAGGAGAAGGCACAGGGGAAGUCACUCUAACGCCGCCAGUCGGACCUUUGAGGAAGCGUUCGCUCAGUAUACCUGGAAAGCUUAGGGCAUACAUGGGCACUACGGUUGCUAAGCUACACUGGUUCUGAACGAUGUAGUAUACAGGUUGUCUCGAAAGUUAGGCAUAAUCAGGUAUAGUUUACGUUCGGGAUAAGUAAUAUCUAACUUAAAGCACGUUUAUCAUAUUACAAACCCAAGAGUCUGUGUUCAAGUUCAGGGUUGCAAUACUGAAAUAGCGUUUAUGACGGGAGGUGAAACCACUAUGCAGUCAAAAUCAGAAGAAAGUUUUUUUUUAAAGGCUAUGCGCAUUAUUCUUUGUAGUUUUGAACACCCUGAAACAAAACGCAAAGUUGGAACAUUGACAGAAACAAGCAGCAGGGCUGAGUUUGGAGUACAAAUUUCAAGUAUAUCUGAGUUUCAGCUUUGCUGGUACUGAUUCUGUAGAGCUUUUGAGACACCCUGUAAACGAAUCGUAAGAAUGAAAGAGCACUGGUGCAUGUGGAAUUCUUGGAAUAUGCUCUAUUCUACAUGCAUGUGGAUGGAGAGCAAUGGGGAAAAUCACGGCUAAGGAAAUGGUAAAAUAAUUUACGAAAUCUCUGGGAGAUAUUGACGUGUUUUUUGGUAACUUUCUUCUUAUGGUAACGUCGUUACCCAGGGCGAUGCUUACCGUUAGACUUUUCUUUAUAAAAUGAAUGUUGUUCUUGUCUCUGUCAAUCCACGAAUACGACUGAAAAAAUACAAUAUCGUCCUUCAAAAUAAAUAAUAUUAUAACGACAUAAACUAUUAGAUGCAUGUUACUGUAUGAACUUUUCAUAAAUCUUAAGACUGCUGCUUAUAUAUGCUGUCCUUCUCUUAUCGUUGCUCCAACUUGUUCCUUUGUAUUUCAUUGAUUUUAUUCCACUUCAGAGAAAUAUCGCUUUCGAGAUAUUUUUUUAUAUUAAGAAAAGCAUAACAAAACAAACAAAACAAACAAACUAAUCAAGCAGUGAACACCUUUUAGUUCAGUAAUUCACUCUUCAUUUGAAAGGACGAAUUUCAUAUUACCAUGGACACAAAAGGAUCCCUGAUGGUCAAAGAAGGUAAAAAUAAUUAAACAAAAUUAAAGUAAAAAGAGGUAUAAUUGGAUAGUUAUGAAUGGUUUAAAACAACAAAAUAUUCAUAAAUCAUAACAUGCCAACAAUCAUUAUAAUUGAUCACUCUUUUCUUCUUUGGAAUCCAAAGCUUGUCUAUCUCUUCAGCCUUUAAGUACAAUUCUCUUUCUCCUAUUAUUUCCAGAUUCUAAAUGUACCUAUAUUAAGUUUUCCACGUAAAUCUGUUACCAAAGUGAGACGAUUCUACCACCUCGUUUGUAUCUUAAAGAACAAAUCAUCAUGUAUUUAAAACUAGAUCCCCCUUUUAUGAUAUAUUCAUAGAUUGUAUACAUUUUCUUAUUGUGUGGCUGGAUCGUAUCGAGGUCGAGAAAGGGCUCCAUCACAAAAGCCAACAAUAGAAACAAAACCGAUUACAUUUAUUUUUCUAAUAUCAGUAAUAAUAGCCUUCACAUCAACCAUUUUAUUUUUUUCUAACUGUCAAAAGUAUUUAUAUCUAAAAGCAAAAAGGAGAUACAAUUUUCUUUUGGUCAACAAAACAACGAACAGCCGUUUCAAUACUUUCUUCAAAAACAAAAACAAGGAAACAAUGAGCAACAAAUAAUAGACUUUUGAACACUCAGUAUUGAGUCUUCCUAAUUCCUUUUCAGUUAACAAGAAAUAAAUAUGUUUCCUAUAAUGACACCUUACUAAUUGAGCGUUCCAUUCCCCCCUUGAAACGUUAGCGACUUUCUAAGGAAAGCAUGAAUAAAUUGCAGGCUUUGCACCUUUGUGACGGGGCCACGAAUAUUAUGUGCAUGAAAGACAUUGUCAAAUUGUUAUGAAAAUAAGAUCUUGAAAUAACAACUUGAAAUAACGGAGUUGUAAAAUGCCAAGGGACAUAGAAACACGUUUCUAAUGGCUCUCUCGUCCCCUGAAGUAUCCUCAUGUCUCGAUUGCCCCAAAGUGCUUACCUGAAGCAGACAACCCCAACAUUUCUUCUCAUGUUUCAUUUUAUCAUCAUAAUGUAAUAGCAUUGUUGUUGCUGUUGUUGUUGUUGUUAUUGUUGUUGUUAUUGUUGUUGUUGCUAUUGUUGUUGUUGUGUUGUUGUUCUUGUUGGUAAUAAUAUUAUUAUUUCUUACGUUGCUUUACAUGAACUAUUGGAUUUAAGUAAAGUUGUAAAGUUAUUUUUAAAAAUCUCAAGGCAUAAACAAAACAGUCCAUCAAAGACAGCAUAGUACAUAUUUGUGUAGUUGCUGUAUGAUGUUGUGUUCGGCUGUUCCAACUGCCUAUGUACGUUUCUAAAAGCGUAGACUUGUUUCAGCAUAAUGUUUUGUUUGAUACUUUUUAUGUCAGGUGGAAACGGUAUCCUCACUUGUUAGAAAUCCUCAUGUCUGUUUUUGCUUUAUUUCGCUGUUUUGUUUUGUUUUUGGCCCCAACACACCAUAUUCACUACUUAAUACAUGAUGCAUUUGUCGUCUCUAAGUUCUCUUUUUUAUUUUACU